UCGUUACAAUGAGUGCUCAAAUAGCGGAAAAGGAUUCUCAGGUCACCACGCAUUCACACCUGAAAGGUGUAUGACGACAAGCGAGGGCAGGCUAUAAAUUGUUUCAUCUCAGUUGCAUAACAUGCAGACAGCAGCAAGUUCGUGACUGCGCGCGACAACUAACAUAAGUGUUACGUGCAGAAACGCACCCCUUCUCCCACCCGUUAUCCAGCAGGGUAGGUCUCGUGCGUUUGUAACAGCUGUUUUGGUUGGCGGAUCUGGUUGCCCGAGACGCUGGUGACCGACAGAGAGAGCGCGAACUGGUCGUGCAAACCUCCCGCUCCCUCCUCCUUUGCCGCAUCAUUUCGGGUUGCCAAGAAAACAACAGCCCCUCACAAAAAACAAACCCAAACAAGCAAAACAGCAGAGAAUGAACGGCCGUGAAAUGCCGGACGUGGUGUGGACAGUUCCUAAUGGAGCCUCGGCCACCUUCUGCUCACCGUUUCCAGCGCCAGCUCCAGGCACUCCGCGAGCACAGCUCGUGCAGUGAGGCAAACAGUUGCCUUUUGAACAUCUCUUGAAAAUUAUGCCUGUCAGCACAGCUUCGCGAAGCAUGCUAACCCCACGAGUACAAUUGUGAUUAAAUGUGUAUUAUCCACUGUCUGAAUAUGCACUGCAGCAACCCGUGGUAUUAAACACAUUGCACGAUCGCCAUUUACACCGACAUCUAGUUUCGCUUUCCGUGUUGAGAGGAGGCCGAGGUUUUGAAAGAAUUUGAAGCAUCUGCCUCCCAUGUUUGAAUGCUGUGGAGUUUCGUAACUGAAAAAGGGAAAUCCGAUAGUCUUCUGAAGAGCAGUGGCACACAGGAUCUCUGCAACCGUAGAUACAGGAAACUAACCAUUCCGAAACUCAGGUGCGAUGUUCUUCAAAGGUCUUAUUACAAGCAUGGCUGUUCUUCUCACCAUAGGAAGAUCAUACACAGCAUCCGACUCGUGUCCCGCGUCAAGCGACGUGUCCUAUGGGAGCAGCUGUUAUUAUUACCACUCGGAGUCCAAGACCUGGGACAUGGCCCAGAAGGCCUGUGAAGCUGAAGGAGGCGUGCUUACUUCCCUUAACUCCGAAACGGAAGUUGAAAAAGUGCUGGACGGCAUCCGUGAUAUGGGCAAGAGAGAAUCAGUUGCAGACUACUGGAUUGGGUUGACUAAUCAAGGAUGGUGGAGAGUACAGGUGGUGUGAUGACACCCUGCUAAACAAUGAGAAAAUAGAAGGAAGAUAAAUCGUCGUCACUGGCGGA